AUGCAGAAAAUAAGGAUUUUUUCGUGUUUUGUAAGAAGUUCAUUGCCAAAUGGAUGUUCAGGAAACAUCAGGGGAUUCCUUGGGAGUCCAAAAGAGCCCCUAAAGUGGAGAAUCAAUCAACAGAGAGGCUUUACCGGUCAGAAUAUUGAACGGAAAGGACGCAAAAUAACUCCAUGGCAGUGGUUUUUAUUGUCAGUUCCAGCAACAACUUUUGCUCUGGGCUGUUGGCAAGUUAAACGAAAGGCGUGGAAGGAGAAUUUAAUAAAGGAUUUAGAGAGGAAGACAACACAGAAUCCUCUGGAACUUCCGGAAAAUUUAGAGGAUUUGGAAGAUCUCGAAUAUCGCCCUGUGAUCAUUCGCGGGCAUUUCCUGCACGAUCGUGAGAUCUACAUGGGUCCCAGGAGUCUCAUUCAGCACGGAGAUGGAACAAGUCGUUCUGGGGUGUUUUCAAAGCAAGGCACCACAACGGGAUAUCUCGUUGUUACCCCACUGAAGCUCGAUGGGAGAGAUGAAAUAAUCCUCGUAAAUCGCGGCUGGGUACCGAAAAACCGGCAAAACCCCACAUCCCGUCCGGAAGGGCAGAUCAGUGGGCAUGUGGAGCUUGUUGGAAUUGUCCGCCUGGGUGAGGCACGCCCACAAUUUAGUCCUGAAAGCAAAGGUGACCACUUCCUCUAUCGCAAUUUGCCCAAAAUGUGCGCAUUAACGGGCGCUGGCCCGUACUUUGUUGACGCCACGGACACUUCAUCAGUUCCCGGAGGCCCCAUCGGGGGUCAGACAAGGGUAACCGUGCGCAAUGAGCAUCUCUCCUACAUCAUAACGUGGUUUAGUUUAUCAGCAGCUACGGCAUUUACAUGGUACAGAAAUAUCUUCAUCCGGAGACCUUUUUAAUCAUCCUCCAGCUGAGAUUCGGGUAAGAAUUUGACGAAUUUUCACGUAAUUUUCUCUCUAUGAUUUUAUUGUGUGAUUAUUUCAUUGAUUAUAGUUAUACAGAGUUGAGAAAAUAGAGAUGAUUUUAUCUUC